AUGUCGGAAAUCCCCAGGGAGUACCACCCGCACAGUGGCUGCGCGACUUCUGUGGAGACGUUCUCCACUUUUGGACACAAAGAGCCUUCACAGCUGCCCAUCAUUGACGAACAACCCUGGCAACCCUUCGCUUGUCGCGCGGAUUUCGAGUUCGCCGAGCUCCCACAUGGCACUGCUUUGAACAAGAAUCAGACAGAUGAGCUCUUGCGGCUCAUCUGGAGGAUUGUGGACGGCCAAACGAACUUCACCUUCAAGUCGCAUGGAGAUGUUUCCAAAGCCUGGGAUAGGGCAGCCGCUCAAAUGACACCAUUCGAGAAACAUACCAUCACCGUUCAGCACAAGCGAGAGGAGCUCGAGUACAACAUGUAUACGCGGCCAUUGUGGGAUUGGGCGCUGGACUUACUACAGGACCCUUUACUGAUGCCCCACUUCGUUUGGGAUGCGCAGCGAUUAUACAAGCAUGACGUUAAGGCAUACCCGGUGUUCGCUCGAUGCGGAAACUUGCCCAUUGGUAUCAGAAAUACCGAUGGGCUCGGUGGUGGUUCCGUCGAGUUUCACUGGCGAAACAAUUCUUUCACGCAGGUUCCUGAUGACUCCGAGGAGGAUGGCAAGCUCACGUAUGUCAAUCUCAAACGGGUUGUAUGGCACAAGUCAUUCUUCAAGCUACUCGAAACUAUUAUAAUGUAUGCCCAGAUGGGGUAUGCGUAUGUGUGCUAUGAUGGCAUCAUGAGGUGGCUAUAUGCGUUCAUUCUGCUGUUAUCAGCUGACUAUGAAGAGCAAUGUGUUAUGGCGCUUAUACGAGGGACCAACUGUCACUGCCCGUGCCCUGUCUGUCUUGUCCCUUCGGACAAGCUAUACGACAACACUUCCACUUACCCGAUUCGAUCGUCCAACGAUGCAAAGGCUUUCAUGGAGUUAUGGACCAGGGACCGUGCGGCUGGAGAAAAGGCACUCAAAGAACAGGGCCUGCGGCCUGUUACGAACAUCUUUUGGAGUGUCCCAAAUUCCGAUCCUCAAGACACGAUUUCACAGGACCAUUUGCAUGUCUAUCACAUGGGCCAAUGGAAACAUUUGUUUGGUGAACUCAAACGGCGCAUCGCGGCCCUUGGACGCAGCGCUGAGAAACAAAUGGAUGACCAAUUCGAUGCCUUCCCGCGAUGGCGCAAUUUAAACCACUUCGAUCGGGUUACUAACAUCACAUAUAGCGAUGGCAACAAGCUUCGUGAUAUUUCCAAGCAAGUAUUGUACGCCGCCCAGAACAUACUUACGCACACAGAGGAUGAAGCCGGCUAUGUGCUACUGCAGUGCAUAGCAAGCUACUUACAUAUCGACAUGUAUAUUUCACUCGAGGUCCAAACCGAAAGCACAAUUGCUGCAGGGAGGGCUGAGGUAUUUGAGUUUCAGAACCGCUUAGAGGAGUACAUCAAAAUUGUCAAAGAGACCGAUCCUGACACGAUCAAAAACUGGAACUUUCCUAAGAUUCAUUCCGGAAAGCACAUAUUCGAUGACAUCAUGGCGAAAGGCACCGCCCGCAACUUCAGUACUCGACCCAAUGAAAAGCAACACGGGCCAAUUAAAAAGUGGUAUCUACGGCAGACCAAUCGUAAGAAUAUCGCUGAUCAGAUCCUUGAGCUCGACCAUAGGAGUGUUGUCUCCGAAUUCGUUCGUAGCCGUAUCGAGUACCUUGAUGAGGAACGACGCAAAGCCCUGCUCUCGCGGGAUGAACUCGAGGAUAUGGAUGACGAUGAUGAUGAGCUGUUUGAAGAACAUCUUCAUAUUGGUUCACCCCUCAAGAAUCAUACAAGCUUUGCGCAAGUGGAGGAAGAAAACAAGUCAUCGCGCGCCUUUCACCAGUUCCAGAAGAAGCUCGCAACAUUUCUCAAUCACUUCCUUCCCUCCCACAACAUACCAUUGCCAGAUGGAACAACAUGGUUGAAACUUAGAGCACAUGACCAGUCUGCCGCUGACUGGAAGUUGGCUACCGACUACCUGCGAUGCAAUACAAGCUUCCAUGGCAAAGAAUGGCGCGACUACGCCCUAAUACGCACACAGGACAAGGAUGGCCACGACAAAAAUAUCUUUGUGCAGAUAUUAUACAUGUUCAAGCACACUGUCGGUAGCAACACUUUAGAUCUUGCGCUGGUCCUACCCAUGGAUGCCUUAAUUGGCCCAUUGGCACGUCGGCGUAUGGAUAGGGAACUACAACUAACUCGACUCCGUGCACGGCCCACCUCUUCGUCUGAGUUUAUCACCCUUCAUUCCAUCAUUCGUGGUGCCUUGGUCGUCCCCGAUUUCGCUAACAAGGGAGAUUAUUUUCUUGUUGAUUAUGUUGAUACUGACAUGUUUCUUCGUACCAGACGUUUGCUACAGUAG